AGGCGGCAGCAGCUAACCGGCAGCACUGACCGGACAUCAACUUUCAGCUUGUAGCUCACAACUUUACAGUCAGUUAAAAAAAGAAAAAACUGAAGUAAACUCAGGCAGCAGUUUCCCCUUCAGUCACAGUUCAGUCAGGGGGAAACGAGGAAGUGAACAGCUGACUGACUUCAGUAGAUUUCCGCCGGGAAAAGGACAAUGAUGUGCAAAUGUUGACUGUGAAGUUUCCUCUGUGAAGAAGCGUCUCCAGACUGGGACAUGCUAUCUCUCAGAGCCAGACCUCCUCUGUCCUGACACAGGGAGUUUUACAACCAGGAUCCCGAUUGUCUACCUCAGCACACGUGGAGUCCGCUCCCUCUCUUCUACCUCUUUGGACCUCUGCUACUUUUUUCUACCUCAGCGCACAGGUUCAGCUGCACGUAGCUGUUAUCAGCUGGCUCGGAAAGGCACGACAGAUCCUUCAGUUUGUCAGCAGGCUCUCAGGUAUCAGUCAUCCAGCGACGGUGUAACACACACUGGGUUUCUUCCUGCUUUAUCCGCCAUAAUCGCUCUCUGACCUCACACAACCCCUCUGCUGGGAGGAGCCACCUGAAGCCGCCAUGUUGCACAGAGGUUUGUGAUGUCCCAGCCCUGCGACGGACUGAGACCAGGUGCAGGAGAAGGAGAAGGAGAAGAAGGACAGGGGCGGGUUCACCAAGACGCUCCUCGAUUUUUGGUUGGCUCUGAAGAUGACGAGCAGGACAGGGGCCAGAUGGAGGCAGGCAUGAAGAACGAGAUGUUUCGAGAAGAGGAAAUGGAGGAUGAAGAUGAUGGGUCGCCUUCAGAGCGACAGAUUGUGGUCGGCAUAUGCUCCAUGAUGAAGAAGUCGAAUUCCAAGCCCAUGACUCAGAUCCUGGACCGCCUUUGUAAAUUCGACUACAUCGAUGUGGUUAUCUUCCCGGAGGAGGUGAUCCUGGAGGAGCCUGUGGAAAAAUGGCCCCUCUGCGACUGCCUCAUCUCCUUCCACUCCAAAGGUUUCCCUCUGGACAAAGCUGUGGAGUACGCCAAACUCAGGAAUCCACUGCUCAUCAAUGACCUCAACAUGCAGUAUUUCAUACAGGACAGGAGGGAAGUGUACCGUAUCCUACAGGAAGAGGGCAUUGACCUACCUCGUUAUGCUGUUUUAAACCGAGAUCCCGACAACCCUGAAGAGUGUAACUUGGUGGAGGCGGAGGACCAUGUCGAGGUGAACGGGGAGGUGUUCCCUAAACCCUUUGUUGAGAAACCUGUGUGCGCCGAAGACCACAAUGUCUACAUCUAUUACCCGACAUCUGCUGGAGGGGGCAGCCAGAGACUGUUCAGAAAGAUCGGGAGUCGUAGCAGUGUGUACUCCCCAGAAAGCAGCGUACGAAAGACUGGGUCCUACAUCUAUGAGGAGUUCAUGCCCACUGAUGGUACUGAUGUGAAGGUUUACACAGUGGGUCCAGACUACGCCCAUGCGGAGGCCCGGAAGUCUCCUGCGCUGGACGGGAAGGUAGAGAGGGACAGCGAGGGGAAGGAGAUCCGUUACCCCGUCAUGCUGACCGCCAUGGAGAAACUGGUCGCUCGCAAAGUCUGCAUGGCCUUCAAGCAAACAGUUUGUGGGUUCGACCUGCUCAGAGCCAACGGCCAUUCCUUCGUCUGUGACGUCAACGGCUUCAGUUUUGUCAAAAACUCCAUGAAAUAUUACGACGACUGUGCCAAAGUUCUGGGGAACAUGGUGAUGAGAGAGUUAGCCCCCCAGUUUCAUAUCCCCUGGUCCAUCCCGAUGGAAGCUGAAGACAUCCCCAUUGUCCCGACAACCUCAGGAACCAUGAUGGAGUUGCGCUGCGUUAUCGCCAUCAUCCGCCACGGAGACCGCACACCCAAGCAAAAAAUGAAAAUGGAAGUCCGACAUCCUCUAUUCUUCGAGUUGUUUGAGAAGUACGGAGGCUAUAAAUCCGGAAAGCUAAAGCUGAAGAAGCCAAAACAGUUACAGGAAGUGCUGGAUAUCGCCCGCCUGCUGCUGGUCGAACUUGGCCAGCACAACGACUGCGAGAUCGAGGAGAAGAAAUCCAAACUGGAGCAGCUCAAGACUGUCCUGGAGAUGUACGGUCAUUUCUCAGGUAUCAACAGGAAAGUCCAGCUGACCUACCUGCGUAACGGCCAACCUAAAGCCUCCAGCGAAGAAGAAGACUCUAAGAAGGACGGUCCAUCUCUGCUGCUGGUCCUGAAGUGGGGCGGGGAGCUAACGCCUGCAGGCCGGGUUCAGGCCGAGGAGCUGGGGAGGGCCUUUCGCUGCAUGUACCCUGGAGGUCAAGGUGACUACGCUGGGUUUCCUGGUUGUGGCCUCCUGCGCCUGCACAGCACGUACCGCCAUGACCUAAAGAUCUACGCCUCAGACGAAGGCAGAGUGCAGAUGACAGCCGCUGCUUUUGCCAAGGGUCUGCUGGCUCUAGAAGGGGAGCUGACUCCAAUCCUGGUCCAGAUGGUGAAGAGUGCCAACAUGAACGGACUGCUGGACAGCGACAGCGACUCUCUGACCGACUGCCAACAGAAGGUGAAGGCCAGACUGCAUGAAAUCAUGCAGAAGGACCAGGAGUUUACACAGGAGGACUAUCAGAAGUUGGCCCCAACAGGCAGCCCAUCGCUGGUGAACUCCAUGGACGUCCUACAGAACCCGGUCAAAACCUGUGACAAGGUGUACGCCCUCAUCCAGAACCUCAACUCACAAAUCCGAAAGAGGCUGGAGGACCCCAAGUCUUCAGACCUGCAGCUUUACCACAGUGAGACGCUGGAGCUGAUGUUGCAGCGCUGGUCCAAACUGGAAAGAGAUUUCCGUAUGAAGAACGGGCGCUACGACAUCAGCAAAAUCCCGGAUAUCUAUGACUGUAUCAAAUACGACACACAGCACAAUGGUUCACUUGGUCUGGAGGAAACGCUGGAGCUGUUCAGACUGUCGCGCGCCCUGGCUGACAUCAUCAUACCGCAGGAGUAUGGCAUCAGCAAAGCAGAAAAACUGGACAUCGCUCAGGCGUACUGCGUUCCUCUGAUGAAGAAAAUCCAGCUGGACCUGCAGAGGACUCAUGAGGACGAGGCCGUUAACAAGCUGCAUCCCCUGUAUUCUCGAGGCGUGAUGUCACCUGGUCGUCACGUCCGUACUCGUCUCUACUUCACCAGCGAGAGCCACGUUCACUCCCUGCUGAGUGUCUUUCGCUACGGAGGACUGCUGAAUGAGGAGAAAGACCAGCAGUGGAAACAGGCGAUGGACUACCUGAGUGCCGUGUCUGAACUCAACUAUAUGACGCAGAUAGUCAUCAUGCUGUACGAAGACAACAAUAAGGACCCUUCUUCAGAGGAGCGUUUUCAUGUGGAGCUCCACUUCAGUCCAGGAGUCAAAGGAUGUGAAGAUGAGGAAAACGUACCUCUCGGCUUCGGCUUCCGCCCAGCCUCCUCAGAGAAUCAAGACAAAAAGCCCAAUCAGGGCAGUCUGGAGGACCUCUCCCAGGACCAACCAGACCAGGCACUUCCUGUCUCUGAGCCCAUCAACAUCCAACGGAGGUCACCCAUGAUCCGCAACCGCAAGACGGGCUCCAUGGAGGUCCUCUCUGAGACCUCUCCCACCCAGUCAUCCAAAGGCUCCACAUCCCACCGACUCUUCCCCUCGUGUUCACGCCAGUCUCCCGAGAUCAAACCAACCAGUGGUCUAGGCUCGCUCUGCUCUGGCCUCUUCAGCGCCUCCGCCCUCGGGGUGUCCUGUAGCGCCCCCAACCUGCGGGACUACGUCCGCACGCACCACCACCAUCGAAAACCACCCCUGUCCCCCGGCAGUGUGCCGAUUGGCAUGUUUGAGCUGUUCUCUAUGCCGGCAGUAAAGAGAUUUUCUGUGUCGUUUGCCAGGCAUCCGACUAAUGGUUUUGAAGGAUGCUCCAUGGUGCCUUCCAUCUACCCGCUGGAGACGCUGCACAACUCGCUCUCGCUGAAGCAGGUGGACGAGUUCCUCAACGCGAUGUGCGAGAGCAGCAGCGAGGUCCACGCCAAGACCAUGAAAGCACUGUCCGGCCUGUUUGACUCUCAGAGCCAGACGUCUCUCUACAGCCCACAGCAGCCUCUGUCCUCCUCUGGAUCUGAGACGUCUCUUCGCCCGCCGAGCCAGCCUCUAUGGCACGGCAGCAUCCCCUCCAGCGCCGUAUCCAGCGCGGGCCCCUCCUCCCCGAUCACAGAGAGCUCCGGCCUGAACUUCAGCUUCAGUGAGUAGAGAAAAAAAACACAAGGACUUCUGGGUAUCUGAGGACAAGAUCUGAAGACCUCGGUUUGUCCUUCUGCACACACAUUCACAUAAAGACACUGGAGGAGACGCUGAUGCUGGAGAGAAGCCGCUCCGUUUCAAGUAGAACAAACAUUCAGACUGUAAAUUUAACCACUCAGACUGAAGACGGACCCCCUUCUGAUGUACAACCACGUUUCCUGCACCGGACAGUGACUAAAACACUGGACCUUCAACAGUUAAAAACCUCUUCAUCAUCACCUCGACAAAGUCAGACGACAGAAACCUGAGUAACCGUGCAUCAAGCCGAUAUUCAGAGCAGUCGUGCCUUUUUUUUUUAGUUUUAAUUUGGAUGCAGCCGACGCUAAAACAAGAACAGAGCCUGCUGUUUUAUCCUGGUUCACAGAAUCUCACACACACACACCAGCUGGCUCAUUUCUGACCUUAACGUGGAGACAUUUAAACCAAAACGGUGAGUCAAAGUGUCAACCGUCAUCGAUUUGAUUUGAAAUUUUAAAAAAAUACAAGUGCCCUUUAUUUUUGUUCACUGUUGCGCUGCAGUGAUGUGGCGACCUGUUCACAGCCUGGUUGUUGUUGUUUUUUAAAUUCAGUGACAGUUGACCACACGGACUCAUAGUUUGCACCGUGUUUCAGACACAAAUAUCUGCAAGUCGGCUGAAAGUUUCUCUCUAAAUGAUUGAAAUGACAAAGCGUAAAACCAUUGCUGUGUCUCAAAUCGCGUACUUCUGUACUUACACUUAGAAGUGUGGAAAAAUGCACUGUGAGUACCCGGAUGUUGCACUCAAAACAGUCAAAAAGUUGAGUGUGGAACUAUGGACGCUUCUCGUCCUCAAUGGUCGCCAUCUUGGCUACGUAGCGGAAGGGGAGCGACCGCUUUUCAAACUAGAAAUGAUGGCCGGGUACGUUGUAACUACAGUGAACAUCGCCACAUUAUACAAAUGUAAGUUAUGCAUGUGUUUUUUAGCAUUA